AUGUUAAUGAACAAAACCCAGUCUUAUUCUGUUACAUUUUUCUUGCUGUCAGUAAUCUUCAGUUUUACUAUUGCCUCAUCCAUUACAUCUAAAGAAGUUAGGCGUCCUUUGAUUACCAAAUAUGAGACAGAUAUUCAGCAUAUUGAAAAAUCCGAGGAGAAGUUUAUGUCUAAUACAAAAUCAAAUGAAUAUAAGAGUUUGUUGCCAAGAAAGAUUUUCAUUGAAAUUGGGUCGCAACCUCCAAACUGCGAAGGCGGUUGUGACAAUUGUACUCCUUGCAAUCCUACCCUUGUGGCAGUGCCACCACAACAGAUACCAGAAUCCAAACCGGAAAUAUGGAAAUGUCAAUGCGGUGAAACGAUAUAUGAUCCACCCAAAAAAUAA